AUGCAAUUUGAGAAAAGGACGUCUAUUCGCCAAGUGUCCUUCUUCCGCGACAAGCAAGACGAGAGUUACACGCCGUUAAGGGUCAGUAUCCGAGGUGGAACCAACCAUCAGGAUCUCAAGGAGCUCUAUAGUUUGGAUGUCGAGGAAGCGACUGGCUGGGUGAACAUCAACCUCGCCAACAUCUCUAGCAGUGGUCGGCCUCCCAGGGUGUUCUUGUUACAGCUAGCCGUCCUUUCGAACCACCACGGAGGACGAGACACCCACGUUCGUCAAUUGAAGCUCUUCUCGACCAGAGAGUAA